AUGUCCAUCGGGGCCAGCUCCUGGAGCCGGGUCGGGGCUGGACGGUCGUCUUGCUUCGCCUUGUCCUCGUUCGGUGCGGGCAGCAGGGUCGGUGCAGAGGCUAGCUCCGGCGGAUCGAUGAUGCUGGAGAUGGCCGGUGAUGCGCUGGCUCGAAAGACGUUGCGUGGGGGCGGGGUCGCCGUGUUGGCUGGCGGAGGGCUAAAGUUGCUCGGGGUCGGUGAUCUUGGACUGGCGGGCGGGCGAGGGCUUGAGGUCGGGCAGGUGGUCGAGCUUCUGCUUCUUGCGGGCGGCGGAGGGGGCGGAGUCCUUGGCUCCGCUCUUGUCCUUGUCCUUGUUGGCGUUCCGCUGGCGGCGGGGUUUCACGUGCGCGCCGUCCUUGGCGGGAUCGUCGUCUUUCCGUUUUCGGGAUCGCUUGGGCUUGGCGGGGGGAUGUGGCUGGGGCGGGUCUUGGCCGAUGUGGCUUGGGGUGCUUGUGGCUGGAGCGGUGGUCUUCUUGUUGACCAUCGCGGCGGGCGGCGAGGGCGGGUGCUGGGAGACGGGGUUCUUGUUGCUGUCAGUCGCGAAGUGGGCGGGUGGUGCAACGCUCUCGCAUUCAGACAGGGAGCUGAGCGAGGGGGGCGAGGACGCAGCAGCGGUGGCAGCGGCAGUGGCGGGUGCAGGUGCAGCGGGUUCUACUGCGUCUGCAUCGUUGGCGGUGGUCAUAGUCUAAUAAUAUCCCAUUCACUUCAUUCACUAGUGGUGGUGGUAAAGUGGUGGAACAGAACGAAAAAGGAGUUGGUGGAGGUGUUGGUGGAGGUGUUGGUGUUGGUGGAAGGAAGUGGUCACCAGGAGAGUGAAGAUGGGAGAUAA